CCACUUGAUUGGCACCACAUCCACAAGCAUCCACUCCCUCCACCACCAACGCUCAGUAGCAGCCGUGUGUACUAUCUACAAGAUGCAGAAAUUCACCAAAGAUCUCAGACAGCAUCUUCCAAACCCACAACCACUUCCAUCUAGAAGGACAAGGGCAGCAGAUAUUGAGGAAUACCACCACCUCCAAGUUCCUUUCCAAGUCACUCACCAUCCUGACUUGGAAACAUCUCACCAUUCCUUCACUGUUGCUGGGUCAAAAUCCUGGAAUUCCCUCCCUUAUAGCAUGGUGGGUCAACCUAUAGCAGGAGGACUGCAGCAGUUCAAGAAGGCAGCUCCCCACCACCUCCUCAACGGCAACUAAGGAUGGGCAAGAAGUGCUAGCCAACCAGCAAUGCCCACAUCCCACAAAAUGAAUAAGAAUAAAAAAGAGAAAAGAAACAUAUCAGCUAUAAUAAAAUGGUGGAGCAGACUCAAUGGACUGAAUGGCCUAAUUCUGCUCCUCUUUCUUAUAGUCCUUCUAGACCUUUGAGCUGCUCUCUCAUUUCAGAGAGAGAGAGAGAGAGAGGCAAUUGAUGUGGUUUGACUUGAGGGUCACCAUGCCUGAGGUUAGGGGAGAGGUUGAGAAGGAGAAUCCUUCAUGGUAAUCUCAGCCAGUUGUGGACAUUGUGUCCAUGCUGUUGGCAUUGCUCUGCAUUGCAAACUAGCUGUUUAGCCAACUGAGCUAAUACAGGGCAUUGGUGAGAUAUCUGGAGUAUUGUGUACAGUUUUGGUGACCUUAAUUAAGGAGGGAUGAUAUUUCACAGGAGAACUGUGAGAGGUAGGGUUCUUUUAUCAGGAAAUGUUGAACAUGCUGGGCCCUUUGUAUUUGGAACUUAGAAGUAUGAGAGUUGAUCUUAUUGUAUCAUUUAACACUGUGAGGGGAUCUGGCCAGAUUGAUGCUAGGAGGUGGUAUCUUCUUGUGGGAGAGACUACAGCUAGGGGGACACAGUUUGAAAAUAAGAGGCCUCCCUUUUAGAGAGUGAUGAGGAAGAAUUUAGUUUCCCUCAGAACAUUAAGAGUCAGAGAGUGGUAGAGGCAGGAUCAUUGAACAUCUUUAUGGCAAAGGGUGAUAAAUUCUUGACUAAUUCUUGAGGGAGUCAAAGGUUAUCGGGGGCAGGUGGGAAUAUGGAAUUGAGGCCACAAUCACAUAAUUUAUGAUCUUAUUGAGCUGAUUACAGAGGCUGAAUGGCCUACUCCUGCUGCUGAUACAUACAUGUAUAUUCGGAAUCAGAGCAGGGAGGGUCUAAACGUUCCCCUUGGCUCAAUGGGUUUGCUGCAGGCACUGUGGGAUGUCAAAAUAAUCUAGUCGCCUGCUAUCUCACUGACAUCUCUCUCCCUCUCUCUAGUCAUCCUAAUGCUCAAUGGAAGUUUCCUCCAUCAAUCCUCAGCCCCACAUCCAUUCCCCCUGUGAUCACCCAUUGAAUCCACCCUCCCUCCUCCCCGUGUCCUCGGUCUGCUAGAGCAACAUAUUGUUGCCCUCAGCAUUCAAAUUCAUUACCCAUGGAAUUGAAAAUGGCCGAUGGGAAAAUAAUUUAGGCCUAUGGCGUGAGGGCAGGGGAGUGGAGGUGAGGAUGAUGUGGCAUAAAUUAGCUUUUUUUCAAAGAGAUACCGCAGACACAACAAGCUGAACGGUCUUCCUCAGUGCAAUAAUAUUCCAGAAUGCAGAGUGUUGGGUGGCCAUGCCGGUUGGGAUCUUAGCCGUGUGCCUGGUCAUGGCGGUCACUGUGAUCAAUCAGCCAUUCACCUUCCAGGAGCCCAGGUGGAAUGGAGAGCAGCAGCAGGAGCUGGAGACCCUGAGGCGGAUGAAGGAGCGUGAGGAACAUCUUCAAGCUGAAAUGCAGAGGCUGGAGAGGGAAAUGGCAGAGUCGUCUCACGGAGAAUUGGGAUUGGAGUCUAGCGGGGAGCCGGGGAAGGGGCAGGAGUACAGCUGGAACCUGUGGAGUGCCCUGUCUGUGGCUGCGUUCCUUUUGUUGGAGAUCUGGAGGCAGGACACGGAACUGCGGUGUAUGCAGGAGGUGACGGACGAGGACGAAGAUUCUGGUGCCACUGGGGAGGCGUGGUGGUGCGCAGCCCUCCCAGACCAUCGGGCACUGGUCCGCUUCUAUGACAAGUGUGUCCAUGUGCCAGCUGCUGAGUUGUGCAGGAUCAAGGAGCUGGUGGAAGGGUGCGCGGACGAUUUGCUGGAGGCCCUGAGAAGUGUGUGUAACCGGGACCUGGACAUGGAAGUGGAGGAGUGCAUUGGCAUCGGGAGCUUAUAUGAGAACUGGAGGGUCAGGAGGCCCUUGGUGUGUGACUUGAUUGUGCCCUUCACACCCCCAGAGCCUUACCAAUUCCGAGCAGAAGUGAAAUGCGCUGGGGGAGGGCUAGGGAUAGCUUCAGGGGGAGGGGUCCCUGGGGAUCUUGGCACUGGGAUGGUCCGUGUAAUUAAUCUGGAAGAGGACUCGACUGGCUGUGUCUGCGGCCGGACCCAGCUGGUGGAGGACAUGCUGUGCCUGGUCCAUAGCGAGAACGCUCUGGAGACCAGACUGGCAGGCUCUGGACAAAAAGACCAGCUGCUGUGGUCUGCCACUGCUCCCUAUUUGGGCAAGACUCAGGUCACCCGAUGGUUCCAGAGGGCCCUGACCAAAGCCUGGGCUAAGAUCUCACACAAGUACGACUUUGAGCUUUCCUUCCGAGAUCUGGAGAGGCCAGGAGCACUGAGGAUAAGAUUUCGCUCAGGGAAAACUGUGCAUUUCAGCCUGCUCCCUGUGGUGGAAUUUGAAAACUCUGAUGUCUACUUUAUGCCCCUGCUGGGCAGUGAUGUGCCCCUUCUUGGCACUGCCCAUUCCAAUGACACAGCCUGGCCCUUCACGUUUGCUGUCUACGAGAAACGUUUCCUCAAGAUGAUGGCGAAGAAGCUUCCAGAAAGUUCUUGCCACCUGAUGUGCCUGCAAAUCGUCUCGUUUCUCCACGAGAAACAGUGCAAUCUAACUGGGGCCAGUGGUCUCAGCCAGUACCACUUCAAGACUGCACUCCUGCACCUGAUGAUCAGCCAACACCCAGGAGCAUGGCACCAUUCCUGCCUCUGGUCCCGGCUCAGGGACCUGUUACAGUACUUGGACAAGGCACUGCUGGAGAAACGCCUGAACCAUUUCAUUAUCGGUAACACAGCCGUCCUCCCUGACUUUGACAUCCCAGACUCCUUCCGCUCUGCCGAGCCCCUCAACCUGUUCCGUGGCUUUGUCACGCACUGUGCCUGCUAUCGGAAGGCGCGCUGGACCUGGUCUGAGAUGCUGAGGAACACGCCGGUCCUGGUUCAGGAAUACAGCCUGGAAAAUCCCAGCCAGAACGAAUCGGAGCAUGACACAGCACAGCAGCAGAGCACAGUUAACCCGAGAGAUCGGGGAGAGGGGAGACCACACUCUGACGCAACAAAAGGGGCAGCUUCAGGCCAAAUUGAGCAGGGAAGGCAAAUGCAGGAGGAACUGACCAUCCUUCACCUCAGGAAGGAUGGGGAUACAAUGCAGACCACUCCUGAGAAAGAGUGAGAGACAGACAUACCUUUUACUGAGGGGGCACGAAUCUUGAGUGAAGAGACUGUGAGACUGGCUGCUGUAAUUUUAUUUAAUCAGCUUGUUCAGACCUGUUAAAAUACACCUCCAGGACAAGAGGGCAUGUGAACCCUGACCUUCUGGCCUCUGGGUAAGGAAAGUCCAUCCACGCUUUCAGAGCCAAAAUACCUCCAUGCUGUACUAGCACAGCUGGCAAACUCGCUAAUGCUGGCAGCUCAGAGCCAGUUGCCUGCAGCCACUGUUGGAUGUUAGGGUCUAUUUUGUUUUAAGUAUUUGUUGCUUAACAGAUAAGAAUAAAUAUCACUGCUGAGCAGCUUCAAUUUACAAAACAAAGACUGACUGGAUCAAAGUCGGAGCAGCCUUACAAACACAGAUCCCAUCAGUCAUUCUGAUGAUGUCCUGACCUGUCAGCCACUCAGACAUUCAGGCACUGAUUUAGAUUGUGAAGUCAGCGCCGCACUGUCAGGGGGUCAGUGCUGAGGGGGCGCGCACUGUUGGAGAGUCAGUACUGAGGGAGUGCAGCACUGUCGGCUCAGUGCUGAGGGGAGUGCCGCACUGUUGGAGGGCCAGUGCUGAGGGGGCACCGCAUUGUCGGAGGGGCAGUACUGAGGGAGUGCCGCACUAUCGGAUCAGUGCUGAGGGGGCGCCACACUGUCGGAGGGUCAGCACUGAGGGGAGUGCUGCACUGUCCAAGGGUCAGUGCUGAGGGGGCGCCACACUGUCGGAGGGGCAGUGCUCAGGGAGUGCCGCUCUGUCGGCUCAGUGCUGAGGGGGCGCCGCACUGUUGGAGGGUCAGCGCUGAGGGGAGCGCCGCACUGUCGGAGGGUCAGUGCUGAGGGGAGUGCUGCACUGUCGGGUCAGUGCUGAGGGGAGUGCUGCACUGUCGGGUCAGUGCUGAGGGGAGUGCUGCACUGUCCAAGGGUCAGUGCUGAGGGGGCGCCACACUGUCGGGUCAGUACUGAGGGGGCGCCGCACUGUCGGGGGUUCAGUACCAAGGGGGCGCCGCACUGUCGGGGGGUCAGUACCGAGGGGGCGCCGCGCUGUCGGGGGGUCAGUACCGAGGGGCACCGCACUGUCGGGGGGUCAGUACCGAGGGGCACCGCACUGUCAGGUGGUCAGAUACUGUCUCUGGUGAGUGUAAAAUCUCCUCACAUCAGAAUUUUAAGGAAGUGGAGUGGUUCCCUCCAGUGUCAAAGCUGCCGCUACAAAAUAAAUUAUCCAGUCAUUAAGUUGUUGCACUCUGAUAGAAUGUUGCUGUGCUCUUGAGCUUCUGUGUUUCCAGAUUACAACAGAAACAUGAUAUGUUUAAAUAAAACAAAGAAGCACGGGUUCAAAUGCCUUUUUUUGGUUAUGAACUACAUUG